AUGGAAACCUGCGGCCUUAUUUGUGUGAGCGGGGACUACGAGAAGUUCCUGAUGCGCUGCUCUCACUGCCCCACGGAUGUGGAGGUGGCCCAGUGGCAGGAGUUCGUUCUGCACAUCCGGAAUAUGCACAGUAAUGUGGGGCUCAUCCAAGACGAGAUCAUCGAAAGUGAGAAAGCUAUGGAUGAAGGUGAUGUGGACUCUGUGGAGUUGGAGUCAGCAGAGGAGAACCAAUCGGAAGAAGAAGACGAAGUGAAUGCCGAGGAAGAGGAAUCGGAGGGGGAAGCCAAUGAGGGAGUUGAAAGAGAGGCAGUUGGUUCAUCGAUGGACGCGACAGAGUACUCUAAUCCUUCCGAAGCUUCAGAUUUCGAAGAAUCCGACGAGGAGGAGGAACCUAGAAAAUUUCCUUUCAAGAAGGAGAAUGCGCCCGCAUAUAAGUUUAAUCCAUCCUUCUUCCGGCUGGAUCCCCGAACGCCGAAGCUUAUAGAGAUCUACAAAGGACAUCCGUGUCUGUGGGAUCCGGCCCACAGCGACUACAAGGAACCCAGGAAAUGCAAGGAAGCCCUGAAGCAGAUAAUUGCUGACUUGGAGGCGACGGUGGCCAUUUUCUUGAACGAGAUAUCCCUGAGGAUGGCCAUCAAGAAGAUUCACGUGCAGUUCAAUACUGUCCACAAACGAGUGCUCUCUGGAAAACAAAAACCUCACUCGUUGCCCUUCAAGAUUUAUACUUUAUGCAGCUUUCUGAUGGCUAGCAUGGAGGAGGAGGAGGAGACUAACAAAACUGAAAAGAUCAAGCUCGAUUUCUCCGAAAAAAACAAGCUCACCACCGACCUGAUAGAGAUGUAUGCCAAUUUUCCGCAGCUGUAUGACUCCACGCACAAGGAUUUCUCUAACAUGAACUCCCGAAAACAGGCCUACGAGAGCAUGGCAGCGAAAAUCUCAGUGCCCAAUGAGGACAUCUCCACCGAUGACAUCAUUCGCGCCAUCCAGAUUCUACGCCAGUGGUACUACAGGACCACCAAGCAUCCCAUUAAUGCUGGAGGCGGGGCUGAACAGUUCUAUCUGGAGGUCUGCCAGUUCAUGCCUCCCAAGAUGUUCAAGCAGCGGUUGGUCUGCGAGUAUUGCAACCAAGGCACGUCGUCGGAUUACGUCCUGCAGGCACACAUUUUCAAGGAGCACAACAUUGGCGAGUUACCAUUUAAGUGCUCGCUAUGCGACCGGAGUUUUGCGGGACGUGCCGAAUUGACGACUCACGUUCAAAGGGUCCACAUCGGCAAGACGCGCAAGUGCACCCACUGCGAGAUGGCGUUCUCUGUUAUUUCGGACCUACGGCUGCACAUCCGCACGCAUACGGGCCACAAACCAUACAUCUGCGAGCACUGCGGCAAGGCAUUCCGGCUCAGGUCCCAAAUGACGCUCCAUGUUACGGCCAUUCACAAAAAGCUCAGGGCCUUCAAGUGCACCAUGUGCCCCAAGGACUUUGUGAAAAAGGUGCACCUUACGGACCACAUCAAGGGCCAUUUGAACAUCCGCGACAAAAUCUGCGGCGUGUGCGGCAAGGGUUUCACCAGCGGCCAUUCCCUGAUACGCCAUCGGCAGAUCCAUUCGGAGGUGAAGAAGUUCGUCUGCAAAGUCUGCGACGCCAGAUUCUCGCAGUUUGUGGGUCUCAAUAGCCACAUGAAGCGCACGCACAACAUAGUUCGCAACAACAACAACUCGCAAAAGGCAAAAGAGGAAGUGGAAUCCGAUCACUAAAUUCGGUUAAAUACAUUUCAAUAAAGAAAAAGAGUAUUUGGCAGGGAAGCUUGAGA